UGAGGACUUCGGGUCCCAGGUUGCCGUACGGCUAAAGGUGACUUUGUCUCCCACCGACCAAGUCGCGCAAAGGCUGCUGGCUGACAGUUUGACUCUGCUGUUGAACUGUACUUCAUUGCCAGGAAGCGAGCGCCGGAAGGUUCUCAGACGAGAUCCCGCUUUCUUAGGGCGGUAACAGCGUGCACGGGUUGGGAAGGGGCGGUGGGCGAAGCGAAGUGGCUCUGAAUCAUGCUGGUGAACUGUGGGUACGUCUGUGAAAAGGCCCUGUUUUGCGGAAUCGCUGGUCCAGCAGGUACUGGAGGCGUGUUUUGCUACAGACCGAAAACUACAUUUCCCAGCAUCCUUGCGGUGCUAGAACUACCUUUCCCGAAAGCCUGAGUGUAAUUCAUCAAGCUUUUUGCUUCCGCGCGCCAACCGGAAAGCUGGAGCUAUGUGGAGUCGCAGGGUUUGGUGCCUCCUCGGAUUUGAAAGCAGCGGGGGUCGCCGGGUCUUAACCCCCCGCGGGCGUUUCUCGCCCGCCGUGCAGAGAGACUUCGUAACCACCACAGCUGAGGAAGGAUAUGAUGUGAGGCGAGUGGACAUAACUCCUUUAGAACAAAGGAAAUUAACUUUUGAUACCCAUGCAUUGGUUCAGGACUUGGAAACUCAUGGAUUUGACAAAGCACAAGCAGAAACAAUUGUAUCAGCAUUAAGCACUUUAUCACAUGUCAGCUUGGAUACUAUUUAUAAGGAGAUGGUCACUCAAACUCAACAGGAAAUAACAGUACAACAGCUAAUGGCUCAUUUGGAUUCCAUCAGGAAAGACAUGGUCAUCCUAGAGAAAAGUGAAUUUGCAAAUCUGAGAGCAGAGAAUGAGAAAAUGAAAACUGAAUUAGAACAUGUUAAGCAACAACUAAUAAAUGAAACCAGUCGAAUCAGAGCAGAUAAUAAACUGGACAUCAACCUAGAAAGGAGCAGAGUAACAGAUAUGUUUACAGAUCAAGAAAAGAAACUUAUGGAAGCAAGCACAGAAUUUACCAAAAAGGAUGCCAAAACCAAAAGUACUAUUUCAGAGACCAGUAAUAAAAUUGACACUGAAAUUGCUUCUUUAAAAACACUAAUGGAAUCUAACAAACUUGAGACAAUUCGUUAUCUUGCAGCCUCGGUGUUUACUUGCCUGGCAAUAGCAUUGGGAUUUUAUAGACUCUGGAAAUAGCAGUGAAAUGACUACAUUAUGCUCCUACUGCUGCUGCUAUUGACUUCUUAGAACACUGCACCAGGAUAAAUUUGCUUUGAGCAUUGAAAGUUGCAGCAAAACUUUAAUACAACAAGAUUAUUCCAAGUACAUAUGGAUUAAAAAGAAAUGUUUUACAAUGAGA